AUGAACAUUAAAUAUGCUACCGAUGACCGUGUUGACAACAAGUGGCCACAUUUGGUAUCACUUUACUCGUCGGGAUCCCAAACCCGAUUAGACGAUGGUCAAAUGGUUGAUCCAAUGGUAGCAUAUGAUAAUGUAAUACGUUCAGAUGAAAUGCACGGAGCUUACAAAUUUUACUAUCAACCAGAAGAUGGUGGUCGACCAUUCCCUGCAUCUGGCCACACUAGUAAGGGAAGUGAAACAGAUACCAGAAGUACUGACGAAGAAAAGUUUAAAAGAAGGGCGACAUGCAGAGUGUUUCUGUUUGUAUUUUUAUUGAUGACCCUGCUUGCUGUAGUUGUAACAUCCAUCACAUUAGCUAUAGUUUUAACCCAGGGAUCGGGAUCAACACCACCAACAGAAUCAUACCAAAAUGGCUUCCGUUUACCAGACAGAAAUUUCACCGAUGAUCUCAAUGAUAAAAAUAGCGAGGCCUAUGCCAACCUGGAAAAGGAGGUUUGUUCAAAGGUAAAGACAACACUUUCUGAAAGUACAUCUCCCGUUAAAGAUCAAAAGUUAGAAUGCUUCAUCGUCAGCGUAAAGCCUGGAAGUAUUAUUAUAGUGUAUGAAUUGAAAAUACCAUCAGCCGUUGUUCAGCAAAUAGCAGAUUUUAGGAUUAAAAUAAAUAUAUUCUUAGAGGAAAAAGUUUCAAAUGGACAACUUGGAGAUAUCAAAGUGGAUACAACGUAUAAAUGUAACGACAACCAAGGUGAUGCAGAAUGCAAACAAAAGGCUGUGACAACACAAACGCCUACUACACAAACAACAUCUGCAUCUGAUGCCGUAACCCCUACUCCCUCUACUGCUUCAACGGCUUCCGAUGCUGUAGCAACGCCAAGCAGUGGUGCGCCCUCAGCUUCCGACACCACUGCUUCUGUUCCUAUUGAAGCGUCGACAACAGAACAAAUGGCAAUCCAAUCAACAGAAUCGCAAGACCUAGCAUCUACAGUUACAUCCUCAUCCGAUGUCGUAACUUCAACCUCAGCUACUAUUUCAAUGUCCCCCGAUGCUGUAGUGACACCAAGCAGCGUCCAGACCACAGUUUCUGACACCUCUUCUGUACAAAUUGAAGCUUCGUCAACUGAACAAAUGGCAAUUCAAUCAACAGAAUCGCAAGACAUGACAACUGCACCAUCUCCAUCCGAUGUCGUAACUUCAAUUUCAGCUACUACUUCAACAUCUCCAGAAGCUGUAGUUACAUCAAGCAGCGUCCAGACCUCGGUUUCCCCUUCUUCUGUACAAAUUGAAGCAUCGUCAACUGAACAAAUGGCAGUCCAAUCAACAGAAUCGCAAGACAUGACAACUGCACCAUCUCCAUCCGAUGUCGUAACUUCAAUUUCAGCUACUACUUCAACAUCUCCAGAAGCUGUAGUUACAUCAAGCAGCGUCCAGACCUCGGUUUCCCCAUCUUCUGUACAAAUUGAAGCAUCGUCAACUGAACAAAUGGCAGUCCAAUCAACAGAAUCGCAAGACAUAGCAUCUACAGUUACAUCUUCAUCCGACGUCGUAACUUCAUCCUCAGCUACUACUUCCGGGGCUCUGGUAACAUCAAGCAGCGUCCAGACCUCAGCUUCCGACACCUCUUCUUCUUUACAAAUUGAAGCAUCGUCAACUGAACAAAUGGCACUACAAUCAACAGAAUCACAAGAAAUUACAACUAUGGCUACAUCAUCUCCAAUUUCAGCUACUACUUCAACGGCUCCAGUAACGUCAAACAGUGUCCAGACCUCAGCUUCCGACACCUCAUUACAAAUUGAAGCAUCGUCAACUGAACAAAUGGCAGUCCAAUCAACAGAAUCACAAGACAUGGUGGUUACAUCUUCAUCCGCUAUUGAAACUUCCCAUUCAGUUACUAGCGCGGCUACAAAUGGUUUGACACCAAGCAGUGUCCAGCCUUCAGUUUCUGAAUCCUCCAAUUCAGGAAAUAUCGAAUCUUCAACGUUAAGUCAAUCAAGCAGCGUCCAGUCGCCUGUUUCUGAUACCUCAUCAAUGGAGCAACAACAAUUAGCAUCACCGUCUACUAUGAUGUCAAUGCCAAUGGAAUCAUCAUCUUCAUCUAUGCAACCGGAGUCUUCAUCAGCAUCAAUAGCAGAAGAGAUGUCAAUGAUGUCUGCAACCACCACCAUGCCAAUGGCCACUUCUUUAACGUCAUCAAUGGUACAACAGCAGCAAUCUUCAUCAUCAACCAUGAUGUCAAUGUCAAUGGAAUCAUCCUCUUCAUCUAUGCAACCGGAGUCUUCAUCAGCAUCAAUAGCAGAAGAGAUGUCAAUGAUGUCUGCAACCACUACCAUGCCAAUGGCCACUUCUUUAACGUCAUCAAUGGGACAACAGCAGCUAUCUUCAUCCUCAACCAUGAUGUCAAUGGAAUCAUCUACAUCAAUGCCGUCGGUUCCUGUUGAAUCUUCAACGCCCAUGAUAUCUUCACCAUCAGUAGUAGAUCAGUCAAUGAUUUUUUCUACCGCUACUUCGCAAAAGGUCACUUCUGUGAUGGCCUCAAUGGCUGAACAAUCAUCGUCAUCGCCAACCACAUUGUCAAUGUCAAUGGAAUCAUCGUCUACAUCAUUACCGCUUAUGUCCUCGUCAACUCCAAUUGCAGCCGAAUCUCCCUCAGUGACAAUGAUGCUAUCUUCAACGCCCUCGGGAGUAGACCAGUCAAUAAUUUCUUCGACCGCUACCACGCAUAUGACCACUUCUUUGAUGACAUCAAUUGAUGAACAAUCAUCGUCACCAACCACAUCUUCAGUUUCAAUGGAAUCAUCAUCUACAAAACCGCUUGUGUCCUCAUCAACACUAAUUGGAACCGAAUCGGCCUCGGUGACAAUGAUGACAUCAGUAGAACAGUCAACAACCACCAUGCCAAUGGUCACCUCUGAAAUGUCAUCAAUGGAACAGCAACAGUUAUCGUCAUCAUCAGACAUGACUUCAAGGCCAAUAGUAUCAUCGUCUGGAAGUUUUGUCGAAUCUCCUUCAAUGCCAACAAUUGAAUCUUCAACGUCAUCAGCAGGAGAACUGCUCAUGGUGUCUUCAACAACUACAAUACCAAUGAGCACAUCGAUGAAUGAUCAGUCGUCGUCAUCAUUAAUGUCUUCAAUGACAAUGGAUUCAUCAUCUGCUUCAUUACCAUCAAUGUCAUCAUCGAUUUCAGUCGAAUCUUCUCUGACGAUCAUGACAUCUGCAACGACAUCAACAGUAGAACAGCCGAUGUCGUCUAAUACUGAGUCAGUAACUACAUCUGUGACGCCAUCAAUGGAUCAGUUAGUAUCGACCACAUCUUCAGUGUCAAUGGAAUCUUCUGCUUCAAUACCGUCAGUGUCCUCAUCAACUCCAAUCGAAUUGUCCUUGUCGACAGUGUCAUCAUCAUCCCCAUCAGUAGUAGAACAGCCUAUGACGUCAAAUACUGAGUCAGUAACCACAUAUUCUAUGAUGCCUUCAAUGUCAACGGUGUCAACUCUUGAUGUACAACCGACGAUGACAUCUUCUGUCAUGUCAAUAAGUCCGACAUCAACAAGUGUAGAACAAUUGUCCACAAGUAUUGAGACAUCAACAACGGUGGAAAUGUUAGCUUCACAAUCCGUCAGUGCUACAUCAGACUCUGUAUCCGAAACCAAAUCUUUAGACCCAUCGAGUGCAUCUAUCGUGGUUUCUUCUGCACAAGAAACAAGCAGUAUGACUGCUGAAGCCAUAUCAUCAACAGACCAAGCAAGUCUUACAACAACAUCCCCUAUGGACCAAACUAUUUCACCCACAUUUACCAUAUCGGAUGUCACCAGUACAGUCUGAAACUGUUAAUAGGUGUUUGAUUCUAGACUUGUUAUGUCUUUGGCAAUUAUGCAAGACAGAGCCCGUGCUAUAGACACUGCAUCUUACGUUAUUUCGGAUAUAGUCUUUUUGUCUCACCCCUGCGUUGAUAUACAUCAAAGAGUACCAGUAACAUAUGGAGGAUACUCAUAAUUAACAGAAGGACUAUCUAUGGAUAACCACCUAUUAAAAAUUAUUAAAGGGGGUGUGUGUGUGUCAGCUGUAUUAAAAGAGGAAUGUGACCAAAUCUUUUCUCCCAGUGUUCAAUCAUUUAUUUGUUUUUGUCAAUUUUGUUUCGGAAGUAAAAGGAAGGUGUACUACUUUUCUCAUUAAUUUAUUUGUUAAAUUAUUUUCGAACAAAAUCCGAAUGUCCAGAUUAAUCGUAUAUCUAACUCUUCAAUAGGUUAUUAAUGAAUCGCUCAUUUUGUGAGUAUCGUGAUUUUCGUUGGCUGGUCCAAACGAAUGAUAUGUUGUAUAUAAUAAGACAGUAAUAAUGUUAAAUGCAAUUAUAUUUGUUAUUAAUUUGAUUUUUUAUAUAAUAUAUGUAUCUAAUACUCACAUUUUUAUCAUUUUUACAUAAAAUCAUUUUUACAUAAAAUCAUUUUUAUA